AAAAUAUUGACAUCUUAAAUCUGAAAGCUAGAUAAUCAAAUGCAGAACAUAAAUAACAAGAGGAGCUUUUGCAGUUUCUAUUUGAAACGAGUUUGUAUUGUCAUUUCUUCCUUUGUGUACUAACGUAGUAGUAGUAGUAGUAGGCUAGUAGUUGUUGUUCAAUCCUCAGAAGAAUCUUAAUAAAAGCCAACAGAAAGCGAUAUAUUUUAACCGUAUAAGAUUCAGCGCUUGCUCUCAUUGGUAAACAAGUCCUGACUCAUGCAUAAUUCGAAAAAGCAAAAGUGAAAGUGUUUCAUUAGACGUGUCCUCCCGUGAACCUCGUCGAAACAGGCUCUAGUUUUCAUUUUUUUUUUUAUGAUAUAAUGACAGUUUUGUCUAAUUUUAAUACAUGAUGGACAUUCUAACCUGUAUGCUUUUUUUGUCAAUACUGGUCGCUGAUGGGUUCAUUGUGCGUGGUCCCUCUGGUCCCCUGGUUGCUCCUCUGGGAACUUCAGUGGUUUUGCCCUGUUCUGUUGAUAAACCUUUACCAAUGGACGAUCUGGAGGUGGAAUGGAGAAGAACAGACUCAGAGACUCUGGUCCAUUUGUUUCUAAAUGGUGAGAGUCGACCAGAGGCCCAGCAGGAGGAUUAUCAUGAAAGAGCUAAUUUCUUUAGUGAUAAGAUCCAACAAGGAAAUUUCUCCCUCCGUCUGGACAAUCUGACAGCUGAAGAUGAGGGACGAUACACAUGUAAAGUUGACAGUCAACAGGAUUCUGGAGAAAUUGUGGUUCAAAUAAAACGUGAACGUUUGAUAGUGUCAGGAUCAGAUCAGUCCAUGUCUGCAUAUGAUGGUGAAGACGUCACUCUGAACUGCUCUGUAGACACUCACGUCCAACUUGAAGACAUUGAGGUUUCAUGGAUAAGAACAGAUGGAGAUAUUCCGGUUCUGCUCUUUCAAAACAACGAGACUUUACUAGAGGUGGCAGAUGAACAAUACAGAGACAGAGUUGAGUUCUUCACUGCUGAAAUCCCCAAAGGAAACUUCUCUCUCAGACUGAAGAGUGUGAGGACUGAGGAUAAAGGAGUUUACAUGUGUCAAGUGUUUGCUGGAGAGCUUUCAGCCAAUGCAACUGCAGUAUUGGGGCAACUGGGUUUCUCUUCUUGGCACAAAGCUGUAUUGUUUUUCUGUUUUGCUGCUGGAUCUGGAGUUGUGGUUCUGCUCUUCUUUUUGAUCUACUGCAGAUCAAAUAACACUGUUUCCACCAGCAACACAAUCUGGAAUCUUCAGCUUUCUCUGAUCUUUUGUCCAAACAUCUGUAUGUUCUUUGCCUUCAUCCUUUGGGGCUUUACUGAAGGAUCUCUGAGUGAGACCAUCACUUGCUGUGCUCUUUAUAUUCUGAGGCCUGUUAUGUUGAUUUGGGCUAUGCAUUAUUUAAAGUAUCAUCAAGACAACCUUAAAACACGGAUCAAGUUUUUCAAAAUAACCAGAGAAUUUGCUGUUUUAACAGUCGUUGUUUAUUCAGUUCUUUUUACAUAUAUCUGGAGAAAGACAGCACAUGAUACUAGUGUUGCGCCUCGUGUAAUCUCUGGAAUAUUCUUUGGAAUUAUUGUGGUGCUAUGUCUCAUCUUGAGUAAAGGUUUUAAAAACAGGAAGUUUAAUCUAAUGUUAAUGUUCUCUUUACCUACAUUACAACUGUUUCAGUUGCUCAUUGGAUUUGGAUCUCCCUCUAUAGGAGUUUUAAUUGUGGGAUUUGUUCAGACUACAGUACUGUUUAUCUUUAUGGUAUAUUUACCUCGUCUGCAAGCAAAAUUCAAAUUUCUUCGCCAUAAAUGGAUAACAUUAUUUCGGAUAAUAACAAUGAUACUCCUGGAUACCACCAUAUUGGUUUAUGUUCUUCUAGCCAUAUUGGAAAGAGAGAAAGAGUACUUGGAAUGGACCUGUGUAAUUUUAUUUCUAGAUGUUCUGAAGUUGAUAGUGGCCUGUAAAGAAUUUCUGAAAGGAGUCCAGAGACGGAGACAACAGACUGAGAUGAGCCUACGAGAAUCAAAUGCAUUGCAUCUCUGUAAUGAAAUGAUGUACAUGUUUGGAGCAGUUGGUCUUGUUUUGUUGAGCUCUGUUACACUGACAGUAGAACUGAUCUUGAAAGCACGAAAUGGUGAGCGUGUUGUGAAGGAUCUAAGACUCAUUGUCUUCCCUUCUGAAUGUGUUUUUGCUCUGUAUUGGCUGUUUUUACAAAUGUGUGUUUACUGGAAGAUUGUUACAAUUAGAUUUACACACAAUCAAAGGAACUCACCUCAAAGAGGUCAUCUCAGGAACACAUCAGUGAAUCAUGAGAUGGAGAAUCUGUCUGCACCUGAUCCUACUGUUUCACAGAGAGAUAUGAGAAAAUGACUCGUCUACAUUUAUCAUGCACUCUGACUGCGCCGUCUGCAAAAGAGGAAAUACCUCUGGAAUAAAAACCAACAAACUGAGACUAAAAACUACUUUGUAAAGCAAAGCUUUUGGUGACAUUCUGUUACAAAUAACUUGGAUAAUUUUACAUUGGUUUCAAAAGUAAAAUGUGCUGUAUUUUUUUGUGGCUGUAUUAAGUUUGUUAUUAGUUUCUUCUAAUAAUUUAAAACAUUUUUUUCCCACAAUCAGAAGAUUGAGGUACAGCUCUUAUGCAAAUGUAGUGUGUUAUUAAAAAUGUGAGUUUGUUGUCUUUUAGUAAGUAUUCAGUUAAAUAUGAGGGAGUGUAAAUAUUUGAGGCUGUUGCAUCAGUGAUAUGAAGUCCACAUAUUUUCUGUUUCGGUGAAGUUAAACAGAUCUGUGU